UGAGGAACCCUAAAAACAGGGGAGGGUUUUAGCAAUGGCGAUCUGGGCAAGGAUCGGUGCGCUGCAUCGAUCCUGGACAAUGCGGCUGUAUUCCACUGGAUCGAAUGCAUCCGGCGAGUAUCGGCCGCGCUCCAAGGCGUCGCGAGUGCUCCAGGUGCCCAGGUUUGAGCCAGACCCCACAAGAACCAGGGCGCCAACGGGGAUUCUGGACAACCGGGGAUUCACGAUCAUGGAUUUUCUCAAGACAAUCGGACUGGAAGCUCACCACGACAAGCUCAAGACGCGGUGUGCCAGCUUGAGGGAUGUGCUGGUGAUCAAAACCGAGGCGCUCAAAGAUCUGGGUCUUAAAGUCCGGGACAGGAAAUUGGUGCUGAGGCACGCUCACAAUUACCGGCUGGGCAUUUGGCAGCCGCGCAAGUUCAAAGCGGUGGAAGAGAAGAAAGGAGGCACGAAGAAGUGAGGAGAUAUUCGUGAACGCUGUAAGCACUUUUGUAGCAAAGCAAGUCCCUUUCAUCAAUUGUGACUACCAGACUAAACACGCAAGAAGUUGUGUAAUGCUUUCUUCUUUUUCAAAAAUCUUGUAGUCUUGUUUGAACCAAAUUAAAUUCAAGUGUU